GGAUGCUGAAAAAGAACGUCAUCUGCCUCAUACAUUUAGCUUUAGCCAAAAUUAGCUAGCAGUUCAAAUCAUAGAUAUAUCCUGCCGAAUCAAGCGUUUUGCCUUUCAACCGAAAGCCUAUGCAGGAGUUAUUUACUUGGUGCUGCCCGGGUGUACAGUGCCAAACAUGUAUAUAAAAGCCUUAUUUCGAUGCAGGGAUAUGCUGAAAGGAGAACUGAUCGUGUGAAAUGCUGGUUAGCUUCAUCAGAGCUAGCUGAGUAGCAGGGGCCGAGAAGCGAAAGUGGCUAACGUUAACGAGGGCUAAGCCUAUCACAACAAGCCUGGCUACUUUAAUGUACCUGCCGUGAGCAGAAGAACAAGGACUGACUGAGAUAGUUCCUUUCCUACGAAGUAGCAGUGGGUGUCUCUAGGGCAGAGCCAUGGGUGCGUUCCUGGACAAGCCCAAAACGGAGAAGCACAACUCACACGGUGAGGGCAAUGGUCUGCGCUACGGGCUCAGCUCCAUGCAAGGGUGGCGGGUGGAGAUGGAGGAUGCUCACACAGCUGUGUUGGGACUUCCAGCUCCCGGUAUGACUGACUGGUCCUUUUUUGCCGUGUACGAUGGCCAUGCUGGCUCUAGGGUUGCCAACUACUGUUCUAAGCAUCUUCUGGAACACAUAAUCGCUGCCAGCUUAGCGGCCGGAGGUACACAAGGUUCCCAGGGUGGAUCAGGCGGCUCUGCCAGUGACCCUCCAAUGCCGGUUCCUCCUACUGUGGAGGCUGUGAAAGCUGGGAUCCGGACAGGCUUCCUGAGGAUUGAUGAGCACAUGCGCAGCUUCUCCGACCUCCGUAACGGCAUGGAGCGCAGCGGCUCCACAGCAGUGGGCAUUCUCCUGUCCCCCGAGCAUUUCUUCUUCAUUAACUGCGGAGAUUCCCGAGCCGUUCUGUACCGCAAUUCACACGUGUGCUUCUCCACCCUUGACCACAAGCCCUGCAACCCACGUGAGAGAGAGCGCAUCCAGAACGCAGGUGGCUCUGUGAUGAUUCAGAGGGUAAACGGGUCGCUGGCCGUAUCGAGGGCCUUGGGGGACUAUGAUUACAAGUGUGUGGACGGCAAGGGCCCCACGGAGCAGCUGGUCAGCCCUGAACCGGAGGUGUCUGCGAUGGUUCGGGCACCGGAGCAGGAUCAGUUCGUUAUUCUGGCAUGUGACGGCAUCUGGGAUGUCAUGUCCAACGAGGAGUUGUGCGAGUUUGUGAAAUCGAGGCUUGAGGUGUGCGAUGACCUGGAGAGAGUCUGCAAUGAAGUGGUGGACACCUGCCUGCACAAGGGGAGUCGGGAUAACAUGAGUGUUGUGUUAGUGUGUUUACCCAACGCUCCCAAAGUAUCAGAGGAAGCUGUGAGGAAAGAAGCAGAGCUCAACAAAUAUCUGGAGACUAGAGUGGAAGAGAUGCUGUCAAGGCCAGGGGAGGAGGGCUUUCCAGACCUGGUAACGGUGAUGAGGAACCUGUCCACCGACAGCGGCAUGCCCAUCCUGCCACCAGGGGGUGGUCUCGCCAGCAAACGCAGUGUUAUUGAAGCAGUAUACAACCGUCUGAACCCAUACAGGGAGGAAGAUGGACCCUCCUGUUUCAUUUGACUGGAGCGGAUUUGGAGUGCCACUGGUAGCUGUCCAGCACAACUGCCCGAUCCAAAACGACAGGACCACUAUUUCCACACGAGAUCACGCCCAUAGUCACCUUUUAAUUUCCUCUGGGAUUUCUUUUUAAUUUCACUUUUUUUUCUUUUUUCUCCACACUGAGAGAUUAAUGGAAGCAGAAAUAUCGGUUUGUAGAAACACACCCAACAUGGAGGACUGCAAAACAAAUUGUGUUGGCUCUUUUUAUUGAACAAAAACUGCAUUCACGUUCCGAAAGCAGGACAUCCAGAGUAUCGGAGGAGAGGCAAACAAGCACAGCUUCUCUUGCCCCUUUGUUUUCUUGCUUUCUUUGAGGUGGUCGUUUUUGUUGUGGAUUGACAGAGAGGUGAGAGCAGCCCAGCUCUGGAUUCUUUGGGGUUCUUUUGGUGCCUUGCUCAGAACUGAGAGAGAAGGGAGGACCUCACAACCCGACAGCCAGCCAACCGCUACCAAAAACCAGCCGCUCGCAGGUGUUUGAGACUGAAUAGACUGAAGUGGUUUUGUGGCAUUAUUUGUUUGUUUUUUUUGAAGUGUGAACUUUUCUGGGAGCUGAUCGACCACACGAGCCUGAGAUCCCCACUAAGCUACGCUCUCCAGUCCAGGUCCAGGGGCGUUUCUGCACCCGGCUCCAACAAAACCCACCAAUCAAAGACCUCCGAGGAGCAUUUUUGGGAGUCCGUUUGGCAACAGAUUUCAGUUGGGCUCCCCCGUAUUGAGCUGAAACAGGAUGUGGGCUGGCGGCUGCAGACAGGUUGAACUCAUGACGACUCCUCUUUGCACGUCUCUGCUCACUUCCUCUCCUCUCGUCUCCUAAAGGACGCUGUCAAACAGACGAUUCGUCACUCUUACCUUCUUGUCUCUCCUCAUCUUCGCCUCCUCCAUCUCUUCGCGUGUCAGAAGGGACUCGGCCGUCUCCUGCAUCGGCAGACGUCGCCAGAAUCAUAAGCUUUUGAUCCUGCUGUUGUUAAAGAUAUAGAAAGAUAGAAAUGAUUAUAUAUUAAAUUCGUAUAUAGAUAUAUAUAUAUAAACACAUAGAUAUAUAUUUUGAUUUGUUUGUUUCAUCUAAUUUCCCAGCAUAGGAAUCGUUGUGGCCUAAUGUGCGUGUCUGUGUGUCGCAGCGUUCCCACACAGCGGCGUUCCAAAGACAGGGUUUAGGGUGAAGGAAUUCCAACCUCACUUUCUUCUCUCAACACGUGCACACUCGGUCCUGCUCACGCUACAACUCGCCUUUUCUAUCUUUCCAGUAUCCCGUGUGGGGAAAAAAAAAGCCUCUUUUUUGUUUCGAUUGAAAAAAAAUUCUGUCAUUUACCUUUUAAAAACGAUUUUUUAAAUGUUUUUUUCGGUUUCUACGGCUUAUCUGAGUGCUAUCGCUGCGGUCCUGUUCCAGACGGAUAAAACGAGGGGAGCACCACACACACCUUGUACAGCAUAUUUGGGAGAGAAGUUUUUUUUUGUGUGUGUGUGUUUCACUGUAUGAAGUAAAGGAGGGACACUGUGGACGGAGGAGAAUGAGGAUCUACACAUGGAGUUUGGUUCACACUGUUAAUGAAAACGCUGAUAUGUUUCCACGGUUACCGUCACGGACUUUACCUAACAAGGUGCUGAGAAAAAAAGCCCCGGUGUGACUCUGGAUUAACCCGGAAUCUGUUUCAUUUCACCAAGCACUAAAAAACCCACAGAUUUUUCAGUCAUUUUGAAACAAAUACGUGGAUACACACACUUUGAGAGUGUAUUCUUUCCUUUAGAUGAUUUAAAAUACGCUUUAAAUAUAUACACACCUGUAAUAUACACUUUUUUCAAUCAUUCAAUGGCAACUUCAUCGUGCUUUAUUCCUGAAGUGGUGGUAUUGAAAGAGAAUGGGCCUGACAGUUUGCUGGCUGGUUAAUGUUCUUGUGGUACACUUGCUCUUGGUGCCAUAUGACGAAUAGGUACUUGAAUGUGUAGUUCUUUUUGCAGUUGUUUUAAUGCAAUGAUUGCUUUUUUUCUUUGUUUUUGUGGUGGAGGGAGCGGGAGGGGUGGGAUCUAUAGCGGUGCAUGUUUUGUGACUGAGGGAGGAGUGUAUUUUGUGUGUGAGAUGCACUGGGCGGGUGGGCAUGACGUGUUCGGCAUGGUGGAAACGCAACGUUAAAGAGAAAGAGAGCGACAGAAGAACAGCUUGGAGAGAAGUAGAACACAUUAGGAUCCUUGGUUUUGCUUGAAUUGAGUUUGAUUUUCUGUUUAAACCUCAAAGCAACAUAUUUUUCCCUGUCUGAUUCGAUACUGUUCCUAAAUCAUUCCCAUCGUGGAUGUUAUAGGUCUUAACUUCUGCCUUUUUCAACGUUGUUUCAGGUUUCACCACACCAAACACGGUCUUCUGUUUAGGUUUAUGUUUAAGCUACAUCAGACACUGGGCUCAGAGAGGAAUUAAGGGAGGGACGGAGGGAGAAAACAUUUAUUUUUCUGAAUGUAAUUAUUCAUUAUUCACACUGAUUCCACUGCAUGGACUGAAUACGAGCUGCACUGCAGCGUCACACUCUCUCCUCAGUCAUUUGAUGACAAAACAAGCUCUCUCGGCUUCCUUUGUUUUGACAAAAGUAUAUAAACUUGACCAUUAUUCUGGUUGUGGAAUAUAAUAUCAGAACUCACGCGGGAAGAUUUCACUUCACACAGAGGAGACUUUGGAGGUUCGGUGAUGCCUGAAUGAUUUGACCCUGACUUGUUGCUAUGAUUUGCGGAUAUGUUAAGUAAAGAGAAUUUUACAAAGCAUAUUGUGUCGUGAACCUGUCAGUUAUUGUGGGAUGGCUGGGUCGAUGGAACGUUGAAGGCGCCAGAAGGGAGAAUUUGGCAACACAGCAUCAGAUAAGACAUUCCUUGUGCGUUUUUUUUGUUUGUUUUGUUGUGAUGAAAAUUAACCUGAAAACUUCCCUCUGGUGUCUGUGAUCACUCUUCAUAUACAGUCUGUUAAAACUAACACAAAUAUGAUGGCAAAGAUGCAUCUCAGAUUGUUUUUAUUUAUUCCAGCUCUUAUUAAAAUGCUGUAUUUUGAGGACAGAAUGAGCUAACCUUUACCGUUGACAGGACUGAUAGAGGGGAAGGGAAAUGUUUCUGCAUCUUCUAAUUCCCUGGUAUGCUAUUGUGAUGUUUACACAAGGUACCGUGAACAUAAGCAUCAAUAAAAGAUGGAUUUAAGUUUAAA